UACUGAUCACAGUUGACGCGGUGCGUUGGAUGAUGUGCAUCAAUUGAUCAGUAUAUUCCUAUUUAUUUUCAUAAUUUAAAUAUUCCAUUUAUCAUGUUCGAUCAGUCGAAGCUUUUGAAAGAUGCCUUUCAUAUUCUUAAGAUAAAAGACACAGGUGCAAUCAUUUUCCAUAAAAAUGCAGUUAAAGUGAAAGUUGAUAAUGGAGAACUGAAUUGCUUUAUUCCUGUAGCAGAAUACAUUGGACGUUUGUCAUCUAGAAAGGGAUUUGUUGGCAUUACAAAGGAAGAAAAUGCUAGCAUAUAUCAAUGGCUUGAAUAUUGCUUAUUGCAUUCUAAUCUCAAAGAAACUAAAGAAAUGCUUGAUGAACUGAACACUAUUUUAACUGGUAAAACAUAUUUUGUCAACAACCGGUUCACGAUUGCAGAUUUAAUACUGUAUUUGAGUCUACACAGUAUUUAUUCCUGCAUGACUUUCCAAGACAAAGAAACUUACAAUCACCUUUCUAGAUGGUUUAGACUGAUUCAAAAAGAAGCUGAUGCUAGUGAAUUGUAUCCAAAGAUAGUUUUCUGCAAAACUAGUCUGUACAGUUGAAUGCAUAUACUAUUUAUUUAUUUAAAAAUCAGUUUUUUUUUUUUUUUUCUUUUUCUUUUUUUAACUGUGACAUACCUGGAAAAAAAUAAAAAUCUUUUA